UACCAAGCAAGUCAGUAUGUUCAUCAAGUGCUUUCUUCUGCUAUCGGCAAUCAACUUGCUGUCCGCAGGACGAGUUCUCCAACCUGAAGAACGCAUCAUCGGUGGAAAAGAUAUUGAAAUAGAAGAUGCUCCGUGGCAGGUGUCCUUACAAAAAAUGGGAGAACAUUAUUGUGGUGGCUCCAUUUACAGCAAGGACAUUAUCGUCACUGCUGCCCACUGCCGCUUUAAUGAAACAGGAGUAAAACUUGAAGCCGAACACUUGCAGGUUCGCGUAGGAUCCUCAUUGAAGGACCGCGACGGGAUUCUAAUCAAAGUGAAAGCAAUUAUAUCACACGAGAACUAUAACAACCUUACAAUUGCAAACGACAUUGCUGUGAUGCGAUUGAGUGAGUCACUUGAGUUCUCAAGCAAAGUGCAGCCGAUCCCCUUAGCCGAAAGAAAUCCGCUACCUGGGAGUCUUGCGAUGACUUCUGGUUGGGGAGCAGUGAAAUUGAAGCAUUCAUUCACUUCACCUAACAAAGAAUUGAUAAUAGAGGAACAUCGUGAACGUCUUAAAAGCACACUCCUUCCUAUUCAAAAUUGUCGGGAAGAUGAUGACACCCAUGAGGAUAACAUUUGUGUCAAUUCUAAAGGACAAUCAACUUGUUCCGGCGAUUCUGGUGGACCUUUGGUUGUUGACCAGCAACUUGUCGGUGUGACCUCAUUUGGUCCACCUUAUUGCGAUGACUUUUCAGCCUUCGCAAGUGUCCCUUAUUUCCGGAACUGGAUUUUUAAUGCCACUAAAUUUAUUUAGAUUGUAAUCUUAAAAAAAAACGCAAAAAAACAAAAAACAACAAUCAGUAAAAAGUAAAAGUUAAAUUAAAAAGUAAA